GGGAUCGAUAGUGGUAGUUCAUUACUUCCAGCAGCAAAUCAGAGAGAAAGAGAGACGAUGAGGUCCUUAGGAGGCCUAGUGGUCAUUAUUUCAGUUCUUUUCUGCUUUGUAGCUCUGCUUUUCAAGACUUUGCACAAAAUAUGGUGGACUCCGAAUCGCAUACAGAAGUUGAUGGCUUCACAGGGAAUCAGAGGCCCUCCUUACAGACUUAUCCAUGGAAACACGAAAGAAAUCUCCAACAUGCACAAGGAAGCUAGGAGCAGACCUUUAGGUUUAUCACACAACAUAUUUGCUUAUGUUGAGCCUCAUGUUGACUCAUGGAGCAAGAUAUAUGGGAAGAAUUAUCUCCAAUGGCAUGGUUCCGGAGCUCAGUUGGUCAUUCGAGAACCUGAGCUAUGCAAACAGAUACUGAACAACAAAGAUGGAGCUUAUCCGAAAAAACCACCUGAAGACUUUGCAAAGAAGCUAUUAGGAUAUGGCCUUGUAACAGCUGAAGCAGAAAAGUGGGUGAAACUGCGAAAAAUUUCCAACCAUGCUUUCCAUGGAGAGAGCUUAAAAACCAUGAUUCCAGAUAUGAUAGCUGGUACCGAGAUAAUGCUCGAAAGGUGGAGAAAUUAUGAAGGAAAAGAGAUUGAGGUAUUUGAAGAAUUUAGGUUAUUCACUUCAGAUGUGAUUUCCAGGACAGCAUUUGGGAGCAGCUACUUAGAGGGACAACACAUUUUUGAAAUGUUAAUGAAGCUGACCUUGUUAUUAUUCAAAAAUUCUCUCAAAAUCAAAGUUCCAGGUAUCAGCAAGUUUUUUGACACCAGUGAUGAAAUCGAAUCAGAGAAACUCGAAAAAGAAAUACGUGACUCCAUAAUAGAGCUUGUUAAGAAAAGAGAGCAUAAGGCAACUAGUGGAGAAGAAAAUAGCUUUGGGAGUGAUUUUCUCGGAUCACUUUUGAAGGCUCAUCAUGAUGCUAAUCAGAACCAAAGGAUUUCGGUGGAUGAUUUAGUUGACGAUUGCAAGACUUUUUACUUUGCUGGACAAGAAACCACUAAUACAUUGAUUGCUUGGACUGUCUUUCUCCUAGCUCAUCAUACUGAUUGGCAAGAGGAAGCAAGAAAGGAGGUCCUUCAAUUAUUUGGAAAAGAGAAUCCUCAUCCGGAUGGCAUUUCCAAACUUAAAACUAUGAGUAUGAUCCUCAAUGAGUCUCUCAGGUUAUAUCCUCCUAUUGUUGGUAUUCCACGGAACACCGGAAGGGAAGUCAGACUAGGAAAGCUCAUUGUUCCUGCUAAUGUUGAUCUGCUUGUCUCGGUUCUAGCACCUCACCAUGAACCUCAAUUUUGGGGACCAGAUGUGCAUAUUUUCAAGCCUGAGAGAUUCUCAGGAGGGGUUGUUAAAGCCACUAACAAUAAUGGAGGUGCUUUUGUGCCGUUUGGAAUAGGACCUCGAACUUGUGUGGGCAUGAACUUUGCAACCAUUGAAGCUAAGAUUGCUCUGUCGAUGAUCCUACAACGCUACUCCUUCACUCUUUCACCGGCUUAUAUCCACUCCCCCACUCACAAAAUCACACUUCGGCCACAAUAUGGACUUCAAGUAUUACUACAACCAUUGUGAAUAAUGAAGUUAUAUAAGAACUUUCUUUUCAAGAAUUCCAGCAAAAUAAAGAAAUAAGAACAAUAAAUAAGAAGCAUGACACAGAAUCUAAUGAGAAUUUGAGACGCAUGAAUUUGUUCUUCGUA